AUGGCGCCCAGACCAUUCGACGAGGAGGAGCUCUCCAUCUCCUUGUCGCCGUCCCAAAUUCGCCGUCGAGUGCCCGAGAUCAAUGUCACGUCCACGACCACCGACCCCAGCAAUGGCAAUCAGAGCUCGAGCAAUUACCCCGCCGCGGCUGCCCAACAUCCUCGCGACAAGGGCAGGACCGAGCAGCGGGUCGGCCAGUACAACAUCAUCCGGACGCUGGGCGAGGGAUCCUUCGGAAAGGUCAAGCUCGCCGUGCAUAGAAGCACCGGCCAGCAGGUCGCCCUGAAGAUCAUAUCCCGCAAGAAGCUCAUUAGCCGCGACAUGGUCGGCCGCGUCGAGCGAGAGAUCGAGUAUCUACAGCUUCUCAGACACCCUCACAUCAUCAAGCUCUUCACCGUCAUCAAGACCAGUGCCGAGAUUAUCAUGGUCCUGGAGUACGCCGGCGGGGAACUGUUUGAUUACAUUGUCUCCCAUGGCAGAAUGCAGGAGGAAAAGGCCCGACGCUUCUUCCAGCAGAUGAUCUGUGCCGUCGAGUACUGCCACAGGCACAAGGUCGUCCAUCGUGACCUCAAACCCGAGAAUCUCCUGUUGGACGAGAACCUCAACGUCAAGAUUGCCGAUUUUGGCUUGAGCAAUAUCAUGACAGACGGUAAUUUCCUCAAGACGAGCUGCGGAAGUCCCAACUACGCCGCCCCCGAGGUUAUUAGCGGAAAGCUUUAUGCUGGACCAGAAGUCGACGUCUGGAGCUGUGGUGUCAUUCUUUACGUGCUACUCAUAGGACGACUGCCCUUUGACGAUGACCAUAUCCCCAGCUUGUUCGCCAAGAUCCAGCGCGGUGUCUUUACCAUACCCUCCUGGUGCCCAUCCGGCGCAGCCAACAUGAUCCGGAAGAUGCUGGUUGUUAAUCCCGUGCAGAGAGUCACGAUCGAGGAGAUCCGGCAAGAUCCUUGGUUCGCACACGAUCUGCCCUCAUACCUGGCCCCCCCGCUCGAGGAAUUCCUCAAUACCGGAGUUGAUCCUAACAAGGCCAUCAAGCCCAGUGACAUUGCUCCGCAUGCGACGCAGAAAGUCCAAGAAAAGCUGCACAACGAGGUCACUGACAAGAUCAGCAAGACUAUGGGUUAUGGCAAGCAAGAUGUUGAGGAGGCUCUGGGAGCUGAUGAGCCUUCGGCCAUUAAAGAUGCUUACAUGAUUGUGCGUGAGAAUAAGCUUAUGCAAGUGAACCCUGCUUAUGGAACGGGCAAUGACAAUCCAUACUUUGCUACAUCACCACCGACCACCAACCAUGAAGAACACAUGGCCAGUAUCAGUGCAACCCUACACAAUGCCUCAGGCAAGGAUGGGGACCCCGAGUCUGCCGCCAGUCCGCUGGCUGACUCUACGAGGUCGAACGCAUCGACCGUUACCAGUGCUUCACCACGGGGCUACGUCAGCAAGAUCGGGAUUCUGCCAACCAGCUUACCUGCUUUCCACAAAGAGCACCUGGAACGACAUUUGGCCGGAAGUGAGGAAGUCCUCGAUACCGAACCUGUUCCAGACGUGCCUCUACAGCCAAGGACUCCCGCGGAGCAACAAGAGGCAGUCCGCCGUCUCAAGCCACAUACGAAGGGCUCACUUGUAGAUAGCCAGACUCGCCCGGCGCCUAUGACUCCAGUUGCCUCGAAAAAGAACAAGCCCGUCCGUUGGCAAUUCGGUAUCCGUUCGAGGAAUGCACCUUGGGAGGCAUUGCUGUGCAUUUACAAGGCUCUGCAUAAGCUCAAUGCUAGCUGGGUCGUGGAUGAAGAAUACGACGAGCUUAAUGGGCCCGAAAACGAGCAGAGCGGCUACAAGAAGAAGUCGACUGGCAGCAAUCCAUACGAUGGGGUUAGGCCCGAGGACAUUGAUCUUGCGACAUUUGAUCCGCUGAAGUACUACAAGCUCCCGGCAGAUCCUUGGCAUAUUAUUUGCCGCUGGACUAAAGAAGAUAUUUGCAAGCAUGCUGGAGACGGCGAGGAUAUCACUCAUGCAUUCUCUGUGCUCGAUAACCGCAAGCAGGACUUCGUCAAUAUGCGCAUGGAAAUCCAGAUCUACGAAAUGGAAUAUGGCGUUUAUCUUGUCGACUUCAAGUGCACCGGCUACGAACGGGAGGACGGUUCUAUGCUUGAAGAGAAAGACGUCAUGAGCCCGUUCCCAUUCCUCGACAUGGCAGCUAAACUCAUUAUUCAGCUUGCGGAAGCGGACUAG